AUGGAUGGAAACCUGAUGAAUGGCGUUUCCUCAUUUUGUAAUAAACAUGAUAUCUCAGAGCUCAAUAAUCGUUUUGAUGCUGUGAGUGAUGACUUGCUUCUUGGUAUGGAAAGCUUGAAUCCAGCUAAUGGUUUUGCUAAGUUUGAUAAGGAAAGAAUAAUUAGAUUGGCCAAGCAUUAUCCAAAAGAGUUUGGCGGAUUGAAGCUUCGAGACCUCAGUUACCAGUUUAAAAUUUUCAUAAUAUACAUGCGACGUGAUCAUCCUAGAUUCUCUAAUUUGAAAGGAAUUGGUGAUUUGGCAGAAGCGUUGGUUAGUGCAAAUCUUGUGGAGACUUAUUCUCUUGUGUACUUACUUGUGAAGUUGACAUUGAUUUUACCUGUUGCUACAACAACUGUAGAAAGAGCAUUCUUAUCCAUGAAGCAUAUCAAGAAUGAACUGUGUAGUAGUAUUGGUGAUGAAUUUUUAAAUAAUUGUUUAGUUCGUUACAUCGAGAAGGACAUAUUUGUAAAUAUAAGCAACGAUACUAUCAUUGACCGUUUUCAGAAAAUGAAAGCGCAUCGAUAUCAAGAAUGA